AUGGGUAGGAUAAAGAAGAGAAACUUUGACUUUAAUGAUGCAGUGGAAUUCUUGAACAAAUUGUGGGUUGAAAAACCUCUACUUCCUUUGGUAAUUCCAGUUUUGUUAGUUUUUUGGGCAAUUGAGAAGUGGUUCUUUUCUCUUUCAAAUUGGGUUGCUCUUGCUCUUUCUGUAUGGGUUACUAUUCAGUAUGGAAGUUAUCAACGUCGAAAUUUAGUGGAAGAUUUGAAUAAGAAAUGGAUGCAAGUGAUGCUACAGAAUUCGCAAGUAACCCCUUUAGAACAGUGUGAAUGGUUGAACAAGUUAUUGCUGGAUUUAUGGCCAAAUUAUAUCAGCCCAAAGCUUUCUUCAAGAUUCUCAUCUAUUGUUGAGAGACGCUUGAAGCAUCGAAAACCAAUGUUGAUCGAGAAGAUCGAGUUACAAGGAUUUUCACUAGGUUCCCGUCCUCCUAUAUUAGGACUUCAUGGAAUUCGCUGGGCAACUUCAGGCAAUCAGCAAAUUAUGCGUUUGGGUUUUGACUGGAACACAACGGAAAUAAAUAUCAUGUUGUCUGCUAAGAUGGCAAAGCCAUUAACAGGAACAGCUCGGAUCGUUGUAAAUAGCAUCCACGUCAAGGGUGAUCUUCUUAUGAUGCCAAUUCUAGAUGGAAAAGCUAUUCUGUACUCAUUUGUAUCGACUCCAGAUGUGAGAAUUGGUGUUGCUUUCGGGAGUGGCGGAAGCCAAUCUCUACCUGCAACAGAACUACCGGGCGUUUCAUCAUGGCUGGUUAAACUUGCCACUGAUACGCUAAGUAAGAGAAUGGUUGAACCUCGCCGCCAGUGUCUUGCUUUGCCAGCCUCAGACUUACAAAAGAAAGCUGUCGGUGGUGUACUAUAUAUCACAGUUUUCUCUGCUAGAAAAAUCUGUAGGAGCAGUUGGAAGGGCAGCCCCUCCAGAAGACAAAAGUGUUCGGACAUAGAUUCUUGUGAAGAGGAUCAACUGGAGAAGAAAAAGCUGCAGACAUUUGUGGAGAUUGAACUCGAAGAAUUGACGAGGAGAACAGAUGUGAGAACAGGAUCUAAUCCUACUUGGGACUCAACAUUCAAUAUGAUCUUACAUGACAAUGCAGGAAUUCUUAGAUUCCAUCUGUAUGAAUGUACUCCUGCCAGUGUGAAAUAUGACUACCUUACGAGCUGUGAAAUUAAGAUGAGAUAUGCUCCGGAUGACUCAACCAUAUUUUGGGCGACGGGAGCUGAUUCCACCGUGAUUGCCGAGCGUGCUGAGUUAUGUGGAAAAGAAAUUGAAAUGACUGUUCCAUUUGAGGGGGUUAAUUUAGGGGAGUUGACGGUGAAGCUUGUAUUGAAAGAGUGGCAAUUUGCAGAUGGUUCACACAGCUUGACUAAUUUCAAUCUGAGCUCUCAGCAUUCACCAUACAAGGAAUCAAACUUUAUCCCAAAAACUGGGAGGAAAAUUUGCAUAACUGUCGUUGAAGGGAAGGGCCUUAUUGUGAAGGACAAAAUUGGGAAAUCUGGUCCCUACGUUAAAUUGUAUUAUGGGAAGGCUUCCAAAAGAACCAAAAUCGUCUCAUAUACUUCAAAUCCAAUCUGGAAUCAGAAGUUCGAAUUUGAUGAAAUAGGAGGAGGUGAAUAUUUAAAGAUAAAGUGUUACCAAGAAGAAACAUUUGGAGACGAGAGCAUUGGUAGUGCACGAGUUAAUUUGGAAGGUCUUAUAGAAGGUUCGAUAAGAGAUGUCAAUAUUCCCCUCGAAAAAGUGAAUUCUGGAGAGCUGCAGCUUCAAAUUGAAGCAGUGAGAGUUGAAGACGAUGAAGGAAAUAAGGGUUCGCAUGCAAGUUCAGGUAAUGGUUGGAUUGAACUUGUUCUGAUCGAAGCAAGAGAUCUUUUUGCUGCUGAUCUCAGAGGAACAAGUGAUCCAUAUGUGAGAGUACACUACGGAAACUUGAAGAGAAGUACUAAGGUUAUAUAUAAAACACUGAAUCCGAAAUGGCAUCAGACUUUAGAAUUUCCCGAUGAUGGUAGUCUCCUCGAGUUGCAUGUAAAAGAUCAUAACGCACUAUUGCCCACAUCAAAAAUUGGGGAUUGUGUAGUCGAAUAUCAAAUGUUGCCUCCCAAUCAGAUGGCUGACAAAUGGAUACCACUUCAAGGAGUAAAACGGGGCGAGAUCCAUAUUCAAAUUACACGAAAAAUCCCUGAAUUGGAGAAGAAACCAAGCUCAGACUCUAAAUUAUCCCCAGCUAAAAUGCACCAUCUAAUUUCUGAUCAGAUGAAGGAUAUGAUGAUCAAGCUUCAGUCGUUGGUAGACGAUGAUGAUUUUGAAGGAGUUUCAAAAUCAUUAAGUGAGCUCGAAAGUCUGCAUGAAACUCAAAAAGAGUACAUGGUUCAGCUUGAGACAGAGCAGGAGCUUCUUCUCAGCAAGAUAAACGAGCUCGGACAGGAAAUAAUUAACUCAUCACCUUCCUUGAGCAGAAGGGUUACCAUUCCUUGA